AUGGAAGCACCUCUGAUGUUCGAAGUGUUAAUGUACCUUAAUUCCUAUUACUUUGGCAUGUUCUCUAUGUUUGAGUUCUCACUUAUAUGCGCCAAAUCAAUAGAUGAUGCUCAAAAAAAGUCAGUCUCUCUAAACGAACUCGGGACUAAUAUGACAGUAUUUGUGUUUCUUUGUCUCAUCGAGGUGUUCCGCACGUUUCUAUCACGCCGGGAAAAUGCGGCCGACAAGGCAAUAUGUGUCGUCCUGUCACUCAUUCUAACUGUGCCAUCAGCCAUAGGAGUACUGUAUUUUUUGUUGUGGCAACAAAGAACUUUCCGGCUGGAAAAUAUCCUAGGAUGCAUACAACUCAUGCUUCAAGCAACUCAGGUGUUCUUUGGCAUUGUAUCAUUACUGACAUUCAAAAGCAGUGAUUCAACAACAUGA